AUGAAUCGAUUUCUAACCCGCCGUAAAGGCGAGAACAAGAAGAAGAAGAGCGAGCCCGAACCCGAGCCCAAAAUAGAUAUCGCAGUAGCAUUACCUCCGAGCGACGAUUUUCGAACGAGUUUGAUCAUGCCUAGUUUGUCUACAAGGUUUAGCAUGCUUCGAGAGCAGGAUGACCCAAGUUCAUUGAUUGGAAAGGCAAGCGACGACAGUGUCCUUGCUCCGAAACGACAAUCUCGUCUCCAUGAAUUUGGGUUCGUGGCAGGGGGUCUGUCCGAUAUAGCCGAAGUAUCAUCGCUCAACGGCUCUAUCCGACCACCAUUCGCAACAGAGAGGUCUGAUUCAUUCGAUAGUUCGGAUGGGUCGGGAAGCAUGAUGAGUCGUGCAAGACCAGGAGAAGGAAAUGUGUUAUUCGGUGGACGGCAAAAGAUUUAUAAGAUCUCGAACGCUGCCUCUUCGAAGAACUUGGGGAGGGCCCUAUACGAAGAUGACGUUGCCAUGUCAAGCUGGCAAAAGUCUCGAGCAGAGGAAAGGGAGCGACAGCUACGAGAAGAGCAGGAGGCACAUGAGAGACAAACGCUUGAAAGCCAGAUGCUCGACACCCAAACAAUCGAACCUAUAAGCCCAGUGAGAGAUUCUCCUUACUCACCCUCAUUUCCUAGUUACGACCAAAAGAGGGAAACGUCGUCAUCGACCAACUCUGGGACGGCGAAUACACGCACUUCGACCGCUGCUACAUCGAUUGCUUCUCAAGGAGCGGGCUCCAUCCCUGCACCAUCCCCAGCCCUACCUACCCACAAUGGCCCCGCCUCUCCGACUGAUUUCAAUCGCGCUGCAACCAAAGCUCGAAGACUAUAUGAUCAGGGUCUGGAUCAGCAUAUGCAGGAUCAGCAAUCAUCUGCUAUGAACCGUUUGAAUUCGAUCCAAAGGACGCGCGCUCCGACGGGACGUUCCACUCCACCGUUACCAUUCAACCAAACUCGUUCAGCAACUAACUUGAAUGAUCGAUUCAAUCGAAGUCAACCGCUUCGUACGGAGAGUCCUGCUCCAAGUGGUAAAGAUGUCCAUUCCAAUAGCUCGAGCCCCAUCAUAUCACGGCCACAAUCUCCUCCGCUCAUGAGUCCUGUCGGAAGUGACAUCGAAGAAGCCCAGACCCUAAACUCGGCACUACAGCCAAACGAUCGUGGUAAAGCGACAGCCUUGGGUGCAUUCAACAAACCGAAGCAGGCUUUCAAUGAGCAGCAGUAUGCAGAACGUAUGAGGCGUCUACAGCAAGAACGAGAAGCCCCAGUGGCGGCUCCUCCUUCAGCAUCAAAGCUCGACAAGCCAGCGAAGCCUUCGUUGAGGGAACGUGCAGAGCAAGAGCGCCGAAAGCGAGCCGAAGCUGGUGCAGUGGAGCGACAAAGGUCAGGUUCUGCAGCCGAUGAAAAGGAAGCAGCAUCACCAUUCUCAGUCUUCCAGAAAGCCGCAAAUCAAAUGAAGGCCACUCCAGUGCUACCCCUCAGCCCACUUAAGAAGACGGAGGAGCACGCUGCUCAGAAGGUCACAUCUCCACCAGGGACCACAUUCUUUGCAUCGCCUGGAAGCAGUGACGAUGAAGACGACCAGCCUCAACCACUCGCCAUCAAACCGACGGAGCCUGAGCGGCGACCACAAAAUAUACCGGUCGCCAGUGGUCCAGCCCCGCCAAUCUUGGAGCAUCCGGCAUGGCGCUCUCGAAGCAACUCGCAGAUGGAUGAUUCUAAACGCUUAGCUCCUCUUUCUCGGGAUGCUCCUAGAAAUGCAUUGCAAACCGAUAUCGCGGAAGCUAAGGAAGGCCCGGAGAUUGACUCUCCUACACUGGGAGACAACGGAGGACUCAGUGGACUUAUUCGUCAGCAUCUUCGUAACGUCAGCAAUGUUUCCUCAGACUAUGGCGAUGGGAACCAGGUUACAAUGAGCCCACCGGCAACUUCUACCAACCCUCCCCUUUCAUUGUACACCCAGAAUGUGGCUCCACAAAGGCAACAUCCAGCGUCAGAAACGGACACGCCUGCACAUUCGAGCUACACUCACUCGAAUCCCUGGGAUCUGGAUGAUCUGGACAAUCCAUAUUAUGGCGAAAGGGACAGCACGAGCUCAACGAGCCCCGUGGAGGCACACAAAACGAAAGCACCGAAUGCACCUUCGUCAAGCAUUGCUCAGGCUUUGCAGGAUGAUAUCAGCGAAUGGGAAAGAGAUAUGAGGAAGACACACAAGCGUGAGCCAAGCGUUGAAGAACGCGAAGCAUUCCAGCGCGAACUCGCACUUCGACAACGGGCAAUCCAGGAUAGUCUCCGUGGUCAGCUUGGUCAGGAUCACAGCCGGGCGGCACCCGUGCCAGGACAACCCCACGGCGGCCUCAAGAACGCACUUAAUAUGCUUCGUGCGAAGUCAAGCCGGGAAUCUUUCGCCACUGUCAAUGAACAGCGAGCGGGCCCCGACUCGAAAGCGAUGCGUAUGCUUGGGAUCGGUAAUGCAGUGAACGGCAGCAGCACGUCUCUUGCUGGUCCGUAUGGAGGUGGUGAUCAUUGGAGAUCAGAAAACCAUCUCGGCCACCGCGAACCUCCCCUACGUCAGAAGCCUUCGCGGGUUCUUCAACAGAGCGAGCAGGAUGCCCAGCGUGAACUCGAGAGCCGCCUUCAGCAGCGCCCAUCAACAGAUGACGUCCACCGCGACAGCAGAUCGAAUGGUAGAACGCCAACCUCAAGUCGCCCCUCGACUCGUGACCGUUCCAGUUCGGAAGUAUCUUCUGGACGUUCACGCAGCCGACCUGGCCACUACCGUGACGAUCUGGAACAAGCCAUGGCUGAGGGUACUGGAUCAAGGAACACUGUUUACCCAGCAAACACGAUGCCCUCCGUACCUGGCUACGUUGCUAACCCAACACAGCCGCUUCCCAGUGAGCGCUCUUCACCAGAGAGCCAGGCCCGCAUGAGAUCUCGCAGCAACAGCAGGACAGCUAAACACUUGCAGCCACUACAUACAGGCAUCAAGAAUGGUGCCUCUCCCCAUCUAUCGCCUGCUGGCACCAGCCCAAUGCCUCCUUUCUCACCUGGUCUUCCCGCGUCACCUCGCCCUUCCCCUGGCGCAACUAGCCCGAAUCCUAAUGUUUUCCGACCCCAUCCUUCGCCCGUGCCUCCCUUCGCGGCAAGCAAUACGCCACCCGUAUCGGGAAGUUCGACACCGGUCGCCGCAUCAUUCAAUACCAAUGCCGGAGCUGGUGCCAUCAUCCCAUCUACGGCUACGCUUCGCAAGAAAUCUAUCAACAAAGCCGACAUCUCAGAGCCCAUCUUCCUAUCUACCACUUCAGUCAUUGAUACGGUAAACUUGCCACCGGGAGCAUCCUUGAAGAACGGGGGCGAUGCUGCUCCCCCGGUCCCACCCAUCAAUCCCAUGAGACGUCGAUUCGGAUUCGGGCGAACUGCCAAUGAAGAGCCAGCAGUCCAAGCACCGUUCCCUCCUUAUGCCGAGCCCAUGCGAACCAAUUCCUCUGAUGCACUGGCAAGCCAGAACCCUCCUCCUCGCAACAGGCUGAGGAAGACGUCAAGUGCAGGCGAUGGUCUCCACAGCAAGGCACAGGCUCAAAUGGGAGCUAGCCCAGCAGUUCCACCAAUGCCAUUUGGCCGCAAGGGUUCCUCACCACCUCGCCCGAUCAACGACCGUCAUAUCCCUCAGGCACAACACAAUAUGGACGGUGCCAUGUUUUAG